AAUCCAUAUUUGGGCUAACCGGAGCAGUCGAACAUAUAUAAAAACCUAGAGGGAAACCUCAGCUGCACAAGUCCACACUAAGGAUCCAAGGUCUGCUAAGGAUGGCUCGCAUGUCUGUGUUCAGGUUCUCAGCUGUGGCUCUGCUGCUGCUGUCCACCUGCUGUUGGGCCAACGAUGAGGCAGAGGACACUGCAGAGGACGACUCCGGGGAGCUUUCUGUCUCUGAGCUGCUGGAGAGAGCCAACAGUAAUCUGAUCCGCUCCGCCGAUGACCCCAUCCUGACCGGAGGAGACAUCGCCAUCGACAGCGAGGCCGAGAAAAACGCCGACCCCUGCACCAGCCGAGGCUGCAAGUGGGGCAAAUUCACUGACGGGAAGGUCUACAUUCCUUAUUACCUCACCAACCACUUCUCCUCCCGUGAGAAGGCCAUCAUCACCCGUGGACUGGAGUCCUUCUCUUCCUUCUCCUGCAUCCGCUUCAGGCCCUCCACAAGCAGCGACCGUGACUGGCUGAGCAUCGAGUCCCAGAACGGCUGCUACUCCUUCAUCGGCCGUCGUGGAGGGAAGCAGGUCGUGUCUUUGGCCCGUAGCGGAUGCCUCUACCACGGCACCAUCCAGCACGAGCUGCUCCACGCUCUGGGCUUCAACCACGAACAGACCCGCUCCGACAGGGACAACCACAUCAGAGUCAUGCUGCAGAACGUUCAUUCUGGAAUGGAGCACAACUUCAGGAAGAUCGCCACCCUCAACCAGGGCACUCCCUACGACUACGGCUCUGUCAUGCAGUACCACAAGUACGCCUUCUCCAAGAACAACCAGCCCACCAUGGUCCCCAUCCCCAACUCCAACGUGUCCUUCGGCAACGCCAAGGAGAUGAGCCGCAACGACAUCGCCAGACUCAACACGCUCUACAGCUGCUAAGAAGCCCGCUCAGAUGUCCUGACAGGACGCAGCAGAGGGACGACUGUCUCCUGGUGCUCUCUGAACAGCAGCAGCUGCAGACCUGAACUCAUCUGCACAACAGUCAAUGAUCCGACUAUAAAGAUACUUUGACUGGAA